AAUUAAUUUAUAUACCUUUCACAUCCCAAACUCUCACACUUUCUCUUCUUCUUCGUCUUCUCCUCCUCCUUCGUCUUCGUCGUUUAUUAACUCUCUCUCUCUCUCCUUGUUCUCUCUCUCUCUCUUUUUCCUGAUUUGCAGUACUGUCUAAGAUCUUAUUCCGCUCGACCAAGUUUGUUCUUUUUAGCAUAAUUUGGGGGAGUUUUUCCCCAUUAAUUCUCACUUUGUCUUCUUCUUGUGUCGGUUAGGUUUUCAAGAAAAACCCUCUUUUGUCUUGUCUCCUCAAAAUCAGUUGCUUCUUCUCUAUAAUAAUAGAGGGUUUAUUCAUAUCUUCACUAUCUAGCUUCUUCUUCUAUCAUAUGUACUCCAACUCUCGGAUAUGAUCGAAAGAGCUUUGUUAUUAUUAUCUUUACAACUUCACGCAGACGCAUAAGAGAGAGAGUUGAUCAAAGAUAUUCGAGAUUGAGAUGAACAAGAGUAAUCCUGCUGGUUCGGUGACUGGUUCGGAUAUAAUAGACGCCAAGAUCGAAGAACAUCAACUUUGUGGAUCCAAGAAGUGUCCUAGCUGCGGCCACAAGCUCGAAGGCAAACCACAGGAUUGGGUUGGUUUACCAGCAGGAGUGAAAUUUGACCCAACGGAUCAAGAAUUGAUAGAACAUUUAGAAGCGAAAGUGUUAGCUAAAGACUUCAAAUCUCACCCUCUCAUUGACGAAUUCAUCCCAACCAUUGAAGGCGAAGACGGCAUUUGCUACACUCAUCCCGAGAAACUUCCUGGAGUGACUAGAGAUGGUUUAAGCCGACACUUCUUUCAUAGACCAUCAAAGGCGUACACGACGGGAACAAGAAAGCGAAGAAAGAUUCAAACAGAAUGUGACAAUAAUUUGCAAGGAAGUAGUAGCUCCGGUGAGACGAGGUGGCAUAAGACCGGUAAGACAAGACCGGUUAUGGUAAACGGUAAGCAAAAAGGUUGUAAGAAGAUUUUGGUUUUGUAUACCAAUUUUGGUAAGAAUCGAAAACCGGAGAAAACCAAUUGGGUAAUGCAUCAAUAUCAUUUGGGGACACAUGAGGAAGAGAAAGAAGGAGAACUUGUUGUGUCUAAGAUCUUUUAUCAAACUCAGCCUAGGCAAUGCAACUGGUCGUCUUCUACAUCGAGCUUGAACGCUAUAGGUGGUGGCGGCGGUGAAGCGAGUAGCGGCGGAGGCGGCGGAGAGUAUCAUAUGAGGAGAGAUAGUGGGACUACUAGUGGUGGGAGUUGUUCUUCGUCUAGAGAAAUUAUUAAUGUUAAUCCUCCGAAUCGAUCCGAUGAAAUAGGCGGCGUUGGUGGUGGCGUUAUGGCCGUAGCAGCUGCGGCUGCGGCGGUUGCAGCUGGGCUUCCGAGUUAUGCAAUGGAUCAGCUCAGCUUUGUUCCGUUUAUGAAAAGCUUUGAUGAGGUGGCGAGGAGGGAAACUCCUCAGACUGGGCACGCUACAUGUGAGGAUGUAAUGGCAGAACAACAUCGUCAUCGUCAUCAACCAUCAUCAUCAACAUCACAUCAUAUGGCUCAUGAUCAUCACCAUCAUCAUCAUCAACAACAACAACAACGGCAUCAUGCAUUCAACAUAAGCCAGCCUACACAUCCGAUAUCAACCAUUAUUUCUCCAUCUACUUCGCUUCACCAUGCCUCCAUUAAUAUUCUUGACGAUAAUCCUUAUCAUGUUCAUAGAAUCUUGCUCCCCAAUGAAAAUUACCAGGUAAAAUACCUAAUCUUCUCUUUUUCUUACAUUCUAGAACUACAAAAAAAAUAGAAAUGUUUAUCACCCUUAAUUUCUGUUUGAAUUAAAAUAACUAAUUAAUUUAGGAGAAGGAUACGUACAGUUUCAUGAAAUUAAACAAGUUAGCUGAAAUAUCACUAUGAUUUAUAUAUAAUAAUCAAUAUAAAUUACGUUAUGUUACUAUUGAUUGAAGUGGGAGUCAUGAACCUAUCAAACUUAUAUAAUUAAGGCUCUCACCAUUUCAAUUAAUUAUUAAAAAAAAUUAGGGUUGUGAAUUUGUAAUGUAAUUAAUUAUAGAGGUUUUUACUGUGUUCUUCCACACAGUCACGUAUGCAUAUCUAUGUCGGUAUUUAAUUAAGUAGUAGAAAUUGUGGUUCUUGUACAUGUUAGGUCUUUUAGAUAUUUGCAUGCAUGUGACUUAACAAUGAUGGGACUACAUAAGCAUGCAAAUUGGGUUGUACCAAAACUGAUUAUGACAAAUAAAGUAUAUAUAAGAUAUUGGUCAAGGAUGUUAAAAAAAGAAGAAGAUAUUGGUCAAGAAAAAAACAACUAAAGUUCAAUGUAUAAUAUAUAAUUAUGCUGAUUUAGUUUAGUAAGAUGGUGUGUCUAACUAAUAUCCAUUAUCCAAAGCCAGCAAAAGCUAAGUCGCUUUUUAGUGUCAGCCAAACCAAUGUGGUCUUUGGUGAUGGAGAGACAAGAUGAUUAAUUUUAAUGUCUUAAGAUCAUUUUCUUAAGGAAUUAAAAUAUAUUUCCUUACUGAGAUAUAUUACUUUUGUCUUUAUUGACUGAGCAAGACACAACAGCAACUACGUCAAGAAGGAGAAGAAGAACAUAAUGAUGGGAAGAUGGGAGGAAGGUCAGCUUCCGGAUUGGAAGAACUCAUAAUGGGCUGCACUUCUUCUACCACUCAUCAUGAUGUAAAAGAUGGGUCAUCAUCAAUGGGGAACCAACAAGAAGCAGAAUGGUUGAAGUACUCAACGUUUUGGCCAGCCCCUGACUCUUCUGACAACCAAGAUCAUCAUGGGUAAUUGUGCCAUUUUCCAGUCUGAUGAUCUUGUCGACCCACAUCACGAAAAACUGUUACUAUCAUACCUAUCAUGAUGCUCAUCGUCAUCAUCAUCAUGACAUCUCCAUAUGGAAAGUGGUGCAUAGUUUGAUCUUGGACCAAUCAAGUUAUAUAUGCAUGAUUUUGCAAUGGUGGAGGGUUUUUAAGCAGCACCAAAGAUCAAGUGCCUUUUUGUUAUAUAGUUCAAAAGGAUUUUGAUAUAUAUAUAAAAAAAAGGAAAAAAAGGAAAGAAAAAAGCAUGAGAGAAAAAGCUGUUAUAUUCCAAAGAGACUAAGAAGAAGAAAAGCAAGGAAAAUUGCAUGAAAAUCAUCAACAGUCCAUAUAAAAUUAGAUAUAAGUAUGUUUAUUACAUGUUAUUUUAAAUUCAUUUCUUUUGUUGUUUGAUUUCUUUGUUUUUGUUAAUUAGGAUAUAUGAAAUGUAUAAUUUAUUGGUUUUUGUUUGAUAUAUAUGUUGGUAAAUAAUACUAGCUAGUAUUAUUU